AUGUCCUAUGCGACCACCGACAGCAAGGGCCACUGCCGCUUCAUUCGCGAUGUCGAUUUCGCCGAGGCGGACCUCGCCAUCAAGCCAGUGACUGGCAUGGCACUCGUUAACGACCACAUGGUGCAGCAUGAGGGUGAGGCACCGCAGAAGGGCACCAAGUACAUCAUGCGCUCCGACAUUGUCCACGAGCGCCCCGUCCCCGCCGCUCGCGUCGCGGAGAAGUUUAAGAAGGGCCAGCUCUUUGGCGAGUGGACGCGCCACUACGAGCCCUCGUGCCUGCACUACACCGAGUAG